CUGUUUCUGCUUUAGUUCAUUCUUCUACUCUUGUUACUGCUGGUGUUUAUUUAUUAAUUCGUUUCAGACCAAUAUUGGAUACUUAUAAUUGUGGUUGAUUUUUACUUUUAAUUGGUUGUAUAACUAUAUUUAUGGCUGGAUUGGGUGCUAAUUUUGAAUUUGAUUUGAAGAAGAUUAUUGCUCUUUCUACUUUAAGACAACUUGGUUUAAUAAUAAGAAUUUUGGCUAUGGGUUAUCCAAAGCUUGAAUUUUUUCAUUUAUUGGCUCAUGCUUUAUUUAAGGCAUUAUUAUUUAUAUGUGCAGGUUCAAUAAUUCAUAAUUUGAAGGAUUCUCAGGAUAUUCGUUUUAUAGGAUCAAUUGUUAAUUUCAUACCUUUAACUUCAGUUUGUUUUAAUGUUUCUAGUUUAUCUUUGUGUGGAAUACCUUUUUUAGCGGGAUUUUAUUCGAAGGAUUUAAUUCUUGAGAUGGUUUGUUUAAGAUGAAUUAAUUGUUUAAUUUUUUUUCUUUAUUUUUUUCUACUGGUUUAACUGCUUCUUAUUCUUUUCGUUUGUUUUAUUAUUCAAUAUCUGGUGAUAAUAAUUUUUAUUCUAGAUUUUCUUUUGAUGAUAAAGGUUAUUAUAUUUCAUUUGGAAUAAUUGGUCUAUUGUUUGUUGCUGUUUUUGGUGGUAGUCUUUUAUCUUGAUUAAUUUUUCCUAUUCCUCAUGUGAUUGCUUUACCUUAUUAUUUAAAGUUUUUAACUAUUACAGUUGUUAUUUUAGGUGCUUAUUUACGUUAUCUUAUUUCUAAUUUUGAUUUUUCUCAUAAUUUAUUUUCUUUAAGUAUACUUUCUUUUGUUAGAUUUGCUGGUUCUAUAUGAUUUAUACCUUUUCUUUCAACUAAGUUUAUUAGAUAUAUUCCUUUAAAAAUAGGUUAUUAUUCAUCUAAGUCAUUUGAUUAUGGUUGAGGUGAAUUACUUGGUGGUCAAGGUUUAUAUAGAUUA